AUGACAUCACCCGCACUAAAGCAGCAGUGUGUGGAAGAAGACCCUAAUUCGGGUUUUGUUCCACCCCCGGUGUUUCGUCUGCCUGUGCGGCCCCCACCCAACGGCUUCCCCAGCGAGUCAGAGAAUCUCAUUGCGGAGACCCAACGUGGGAAGAGAAGUGCUGGGAUCUUGGGCAAGGCACUAUUACUCGAUGCCUCACCCACGUUAGAGUUCCCAAGAGAGGAGGCGGAUGCUUUUCUCUCAGCACUACGGCAAAAUCCGAAAUAUGCGUCUAUACACGAGCAACUCGCUGCGGUUAACGACGUGUCCUUAAAUGAGAUAUUUGGUGAGGAAGACGCUCGAGAAGAUGAUACACGUAGACGAGUGGAUUAUAACGCUGCAUCUGCUAUUCUCAAGUCAAAUUCAUCAAAGAGACUUUCCAUGUGUGUAUCAUGCUUGACACGAGGUCAACACAGACAUUACCGUCCAUGGAUGCUUAAAUAUAUGCAAACAGGUAUUUUACCAAAGCCUACAGAUGAGUAUCCUGAUAUGAAUACUGUACUUGAUCUUGUACAACGUGAACAGACAGCGUAUUUGCACAAAUUUAUGGAUGAAACUAUCUCAUGUGAGGCAUGUAAUAUUGAGGCGGGUCAGAGGAAACGGUCUAUUGAUUCAGAUGAGACUUUAGUGACACAUCGGGCAUGUUGGAAUCAUAACUACAUAAAUGAACAUGUGGAAAAUUUUGCAAAGCGCUGGUGGUGUUAUCGACUGCAGUCAAGGGUGAAACCAUUAUUUCAUAACGUGGAAGGAAGUGAUGAUACUGACAAUCUUCAUGAAGUUAUUUUGGAUCUUAGAAAGAGUACCACUACAACGACAACGACAACAACUACUACUAUUAAUAAUAAUAAUAAUAAUAAUAAUAAUAAUAAUAAUAAUAAUAAUAAUUCUUCGACAGGGGUCAAACCGGUAGCAAAACUUUCCACGCGAACUCACCAGUUGGCUAACCGUCGUAUCGAUGAAACUGUUGCACUGCGUGAGUCACAUGGAAAACCACGAGUGUUUCCAGCUAUUUCUAUUCCACCAUCAUUUCCACUGACAGUACAGCAGCUUGAUGAACGUGCACCGAAACUAUAUCCUGUUACCUGCGUUGACAAUAAUGAGAAAGUUGAGAAGGUGUUUCCACCUGUAGUCCCUAGUGACCCAGCAAUGGGUGGUGUGUCUUUCACUCUUCGUCUUUGCAAGUCAGCACUAUUGGAGUUAGCUACAGCUCAUGUCUCAUCGUACCGGGCGAGUUUUCGUAUUCCUUUUCGCUGCGUGUGGAACCCAGUUGAACGUAAACUAGAUAUUUGUGUUGAAAAACCACUUCCAGGAGAACAAGAAUCUCGGCGGAAUAUAAACGCAGCGGCUUUUAAGCGUUUGGUGGAUGAUGAUGUACGCCUUCCGUCAAAUGGUCGUUGUAAUGAGAAGGAAUGUGGUGAAAGUAAGUGCUAUACAGAGGUAUCAUUAGGUAAAGAUAUGGCCUUUCAAUGUGUGUCGAACUGUACCUAUGAUAUUAGUGGAAAACAUCCGGUUUUUCGAAUGAUAAAAAUGGAGUACAAUUGUAAAGGUUAUAAUAGUAUACCGGAUGAUGUUAAGAUAUUUCAAUAUGAGAGGUUUAGCAAGCGGGAAGUAGUAAAUAUGUUAGUGCUUCUUCAUUGCAAUCCCACUGCUGUAUUGUACGUCUACCGCAUCAACGCCUACACAAGUGCUGUGAUUGGUAUUGAACAGUUUUCACUCAUUUCUUUUACAACUCAAGUUAUGGGAUCAUGGUCUCAUGAUUUGGAGGUGCAGCGUACAUGGAUUUGUCUUCGAGAUAUCUUGAAGAAUGUAGUAUCUUCUCUUAUUCAACAGCAGCAAAAAAAGCAAGAACAAAAAAAAGAUUGUACUUCUCUUAGUCAUUACACAUAUAUACUCGUCAAGAAGAAACAAAAUAGUGAACUCACUCUCUGUUCUUUAAAUGCAUGCUAUCCACAUUGGAAGGACCAAAAGGAAAAAGAAGAAAAAGAAAAAGAAGAAGAGGAAUCAAAAGCGACAGAUGGGAGUUUUAUGGAGGCGAGUAGCCGCGCUGUGUGUCGACGUGAGUACUUACAACCGUGUGUGUGGCCAUACCCGGAUCGUAUUCCCUACACAUAUGCCCCACUCCCAAAGAAAUGCUAUACCGUCAACCGCACAACAGAGACUCGGCAUGACUCUCUCUACUACGCUGAAAAUGAUGUGUGGGAGCAGACAUCACAUUACUAUACAGUAGGUGAGGAUGAAAUCAUCCGGGAACGUUUGCCAGAGGACGCAUAA